AUGGUUAAACUCGUCGUUCUCAUCGCUCUCGUAUGUUUUGGAUUGGUCUCAGCUGGUGGUUUUGUCAGCUAUGGACGAGUAGGUGGUGGUAAUCAUCAUGGUGGUCAAAUCGGAGAUAAAGUUUUAUUUGAAAAAUUGCAUUCAAUUGUAAGUUAUCAGCUACAUUUGGAUAAUACAUUAAAAGAAAGUUAUUCUAAUGAAGCAAGCCUGAUUUUAUCAACGAUUUUUAAUAUAUGUAAACCAGUUUUUGAAUCAGUACGAACAAAAUGA